GGGGCUGUAAACUUGUUCAUCCUAAUACAAACUAUUGUUUUUUGGAACUUUAUUAGGCAAAAGCUCUCGGGAAAAUCAAAUAUUCACCAAGAAAAAUUUGCCGAACAAAAUGGCCCACCGAACACUGCCAUUUUCAUCCUGUCUGAUUAUUUUGACCAUUUUAUUAGCUUCCAAAAUUGUCGCGGACGCCAAGAGCGGAUGCGCAAGUUUUGGCCAUUCUUGUUUCGGUGGGAUGGGUAAAAGGGGUUCCUACGAUGCCAAUCCGCAAAUGCACCAGGAUGAUAGCAUACUUAAUGUUGGAAACGAAAAUGGCAUGCCUAUCAAAUUGGUUUUAAACAACAAACUUACCGCUUCAGAUUUAACGCGGUAUAUUAUUAACCAGUGGGUUACAAACUAUCUACGAGAAAGAGAUGAUUUUAACGAAAAAAAAUGAACUCUGUGCCAAGACUCGACCCAUAGAUAAUGAAAUGAAUCUUUAACUAAAAUUAUGUAAAACCUAUCUGAAAAAUAUCCAUUGCAAUUAAAAA